CAAAAUUAGCGCAAUUUUUUGGGCUCCAUAAUUUGCAACUUUUUAAACAUACAGUACUGUAGCUCCCAGGUCGUCCAUCUGGAUUUUUUCAGACCAAGAGCUACAGACCUGCAGCUAAGAAUGUGUUUGUCGAGUGAGUAAUUCCAAAAAUUUGUCAUGAUUUCAAGUACUGAAUAAUAAUUGUUUAAUGAAACUAAUUGCUUUUUUUUUGUUGUUGUAAUUUUCAUAUUUUCAAACAAAAUGUUAAAUGCUUGAUACCAUAUUCAGCAAAGCUCAAGUUUCUUUGGAUUCCUUAGACUAACUAUCCUUGCAGUUGCUUAGUUGCUGAGCAAUAAUUCUGUUUGAACAUUAUGUCAGACAAACUUACUACUAUCAAAAAGGACUUUUUAGCUCACCUGAGUGGAAGGCUCAAGUGAGCUUUUCUGAUCAAGAUUUGUCCGUUGUCGUCAUUGUUGUUGUAAACUUUUCACAUUUUCAUCUUUUCCAGAACCACUGGGCCAAUUUCAACCAAACUUGGCACAAAGCAUCACUUAGUGAAGGGGAUUUAAUUUUGUUUAACUGAAGGGCCUUUAACUCUUUAACCCUUAGGCUGCUACACGCGACAAUUUUGCACCGAAAUUUCAGGUCUGCCACUGCUACGCGUGCCAUUUUCAUUUAUCUGAGAGCAAGUAAUGUAAGGUUUCCCCAAGCCUCGCUUUGAACAAAAACAGGAUGGCUAUUAUUUGGAAUGAAAUAUGAUUGGUCAAUUGAUGUUUUUGGAAAGUUUUUAGAGUUUUCAAGAGUUUAGAAUAAAGGCUAUAGAGCGGUAAACUUCUGAGAAAUGUUUUGAAUCAUAGCCAAAAUGGCAAACGUAGAAUAAAGCAUUGUAAUUCAUGAAUUCAGCAGUGGCGGCCAUCUUGGCGAAAAUUAAAGCAGCAACAUAAGGGUUAAAGGGGGGAUAAAUUAAAAUUAUUGAAAAUUUGUUGGUAUUUUUUCAAAAAUCUUCUAAAAAAUCAUUUGGCCAGUAAAGCUCAAACUUGUGUGGAAGCAUCAUGUAGAUCUGCAUAUUCAAGUUCAUUCAAAUCAUAAUCCCAGUGGUAGGAUGGGGCCACAAUUAAGAGGGGAUGUCAAAUUUAUACAUAGAAAGAUACAUGUAUUGAGAAAAAUCUUUUAAAAUCCUAUAGAAAAGUAUUCAGCCAAAAAAGCUCAAGUUUGUGUGGAAGCAUCAUCAUGUAGACCUGUAGAUUCACGUUUGUUAUAGAAAGAUUUUUUUAACUCUUUGUGCAAGACCUACUUUACUUAUUUGUCAACAUAUUUUGAAUUUGAUACUGUAAUGCUUUUGUUGCUCAAGUGAGUGAUAUGGCCCAUGGGCCUCUUUUUUUUUUUUUUUUUAUAGCCGGGCUCUGCUGAAAGUGGAGUCCAGGGUUGCGUUCAAGAUCGUAGUUGCUACGUAGUUGAACAGAAAGCUAGCCUAGCCGCUAGUUAGAUAUUGUAGCCUAUAUAUUUUAUGCUAAGCAUCGAAUUCAAGAUGGCCACCUUAGUUACCACUUUGUAACAAACACAAAAUCUAUUUAUAAAGUGAUAUUUUAUUCCUCCUUUAAGUUAUAAUGAAUCUUAACAUGCAUAUUUCUGCUUGUCCAAAUUAUGUCAAUGUAAUAAGUCUUUAGUUGAAUAUUUCUAACUUCAAAUCUGAGACUAGCGGCUAACCUAGUGGUCCGUUCAAUAGACCUAGAUAUCUAUGACCUAGCGGCUAGGCUAGCAGCUACAAUCUUGAACGCAGCCCUGGCUGUAGGCAGGCAAAUCGCCAAUGUUGCUAUAAAAGUAAACAAAAAACCAAACAGCGUUAAAGUAAAAGCUUCCGCUAUACCAAAAAGUUACGCAAAGAGCCACGUUUUGUCAAAAGUGAUGACAUUUUGUUUCUUUUUAUUUUAAGAGAAUUGUCUAUCUCUUUUAGUUUUCUAGAUUUUUUUUUUAUUAAUAAGGUGUUUUAAAAACAAGACUAUGCAUUUUGGACACAUACAAUGCACAAGAAUUUCCAUGAACUACUUUGCAGCACAUUGAAGAAAUUUGGAUUGGAUAUAUGACACUUGUUGCAAAAUUCAAGGCAGCAACUGUUGAACUUUUUUCUACUAGACAGACAUAUUUUUGUUUAUAGCCGCUUACAAAAUUUUGUCGCUCUCUGACGCUUUGCCAACAUGAAAAGCAUGAGAGAGAGAGAGAGAUUCAGUCUUUACUACACAAUAUGCUUAAAGACUCACCAAAAAAGCUUGGCUUUCAGUACUUCAGUACUUUGAUUUUUAAAUGCAGUGCAAUGCAAAUUCAUACUAGCUCAGUUGUCAAUGACAAUUCUCUCUUUAAUGGGGAAAUUAAAGAAAAAAGACAAAAAAUUAAAUAAGAAUUGUUGAUCGAACACUGAAAUACAUAAUAAUGCAAUGUAUGUUGGCCAACUCCAUAAGAAUAAGUUAAGAAAGAAAUGUUUUGUACAGGUAAGUGCUAUUUGAGGGGGAAGAGUCAUUCAUUAACAAGUAUAUAUUGAGAACAGGUGAUUUUACUAAUGGAAUACUUAGCACUUGUGUUAUGUAUUCAUUUCAUUAGUUAUGUAAUGAAACAGAAAAAAUAUAAACGUUAUGAAAGACAAGGCAUUGAGAUCAGUGUGAUGAAAUCCACAGCCUGGGAUUUGAUAUUGAGCUUUGUUGAGGUGACAGUGUGUUCUCACUCAGAGUGUUGAUCCUAUAUAAGCUGAUCGGAGGGUGUCUGUAUAAGAUUCACAACAUUGAUUUAGUACUCAUAGUACAUGUCUCGUGCUGCUAGUUUCAAGUGUGAUGGUAUUGUGGUCUGUUGUUCUAAGCUUCCUCUUUGAGAGACGUCUCCAUUUUCAUUCUACAUGAAGGCCUGGUUCAUUGGUGGAUCUUUGCGAUUUUAGACCGAAAUGGAAAUCAUACCUGUUUAUUGACUUGUUAUAUACUGUAACAUUGGAAAAAAUAUUUGACAUCUUUUAUCAUCAAGGCAUGGAUUCUACUCCUGACUUCAACCUCUUUGACAAUCUGUUUCUACCACCAGACCAAGGCAGCCUGAUGGAACCCUCCCUGCCUGGACUGGACAAGAUUCCAGGGGGCAUAGGUCCAUACCUGAAUCACCACAGGAAGCGGGGGUCCGUAGAUUGGGAGACCACCAGCCCAACUAUGGACACAAACGAGGACGAUUCCUUCAUGGAUUUCGAUCACAGAAAAUAUAACUCCAAGGCAAAAAAUAGUAUGAUGGAUCCCCAGUCAGGCAAUGACAGGCAGAACCACAGCGAGAUUGAGAAGAGAAGGAGGGAUAAAAUGAAUGCGUACAUCACGGAGUUAUCCUCCAUGCUGCCCAUGUGUAAUGCUAUGAAUCGAAAGCUGGACAAACUAACGGUCCUUCGAAUGGCAGUGCAGCAUUUAAAGUCUUUAAGAGAGGGUGCUGCUAUGUCCAUUCCGGAGGCCAGACCCUCCUUCCUGUCUGAUGAUGAUCUCAAGCAUCUCAUUCUAGAGGCAGCCGAGGGCUUCCUGUUUGUUGUAAGCUGUGACAGAGCCAGGAUUCUCUAUGUCUCCGAGUCAGUACGCAACAUUCUCAACUAUACCAGGCUUGAUUUGAUUGGUCAGAGCCUGCUGGAUUACCUCCAUCCCCACGACAUCAACAAAGUCAAAGAACAGCUGUCUGCCUCUGAUGUUUAUCCAAGGGAGCGGCUAAUUGAUGCUAGAACAAUGAUGCCGGUAAAGACGGAGAUGAUACGACGACCUACUUACCUCUGUUCCGGGGCCAGGCGCUCCUUCUUCUGUCGGAUGAAGUCCGGCAGUUCCAUGUCAUACCUCGGACUCAAAUCUGAGAAAGAGAUGGACCUGGAACUCUGUAGUCGGAAGAAAAAAUCAGACAGGAAGUCCUUCACUGUGAUACACUGUACAGGGUACCUCAAAUCCUGGCCGUCCUCCAGCCUGGACAUGAAGGAGCAGGAUGACUCGGAGGAUAACUGUGAUUUAAGUUGUUUAGUGGCAGUAGGACAAAUCAAAACGUCGUGUGACAAAAAAAUUAUAGACAGAGACAGCAAUAUCAAUGUCCGUCCAAUAGAAUACGUGUCGCGGAUGAGUAUCGAUGGCAAGUUUACCUUCGUUGAUCAGGGAGCGACAAUUCUGCUAGGAUAUCUACCUCAAGAGCUGCUAGGGACAUCUGUGUAUGAAUUCUACCAUCAAGAGGACAUAGCCAGCAUGUCAGACAUACAUCGAAAAGUUUUAAAAUCCAAAGAAAAGGUGAAAACAAAUGUCUACAGAUUCAAGAUAAAGGACGGUUCCUUUAUUCACUUGAGGUCGGAGUGCUUUAGUUUCCGGAAUCCAUGGACCAAAGAAGUGGAAUACAUCGUAUCAACCAACACUUUUGUCCCGGAACAAGAGGUCACAAGUUCAGGUCAGAGUGUAGAUGCCGGGUCAGAGGUCAUGGACAGCAGCAAUAACUGGGAGUUUAAAGAUGAUAACCAGUCUACCUCAGGUGAGAAGAAAAAGUCUGAGGCAGGAGCUGUUGCCAUGGGGACCAAGCUGGGUGCUGGCAGGAUAGGGCGACAGAUAGCUGAGGAAAUGAUAGAAAUGCAGAGGGGCUUUAACACAACACUGGCAGACAGUACAAACUCUGUCCCUGUUGCUAGCCCAGCAGCCAUUCCGGGAAAACAUUUUGGAUUAACAAAUGGACUUGCUGUCAAAGUUCCAGUUCCUUUAUCUGAACCCCCAGUUGCAACAGCAACAGAGGUUGCUGUGUCCAGUGAGGUUGCAGCAACUUUAGCGAGCCAGGUGGCUGUGACGAGAAAGAACGGCUUGACUGUUCCCACUCAGUCUACCUCCACAGCGGGAUCAGUAGCCAGUGCUUCAGCCGAGACUAACCUGAUCGAGGGUGUCAUCGCCGAGCAAGAAUCAACGGAGAACGAGACGGGACAGAGUAGCGAGCACGGCAAUGACGAAGCGGCCAUGUCGAUCAUCAUGAGUCUACUCGAGGCUGACGCAGGUCUCGGAGGACCUAUUGACUUUAACGAUCUCCCCUGGCCCCUGUAAGGACACAGUGAGAUAGGAGGACGCAGUGUCCAUCUUCACAGAUGUACAGAGAUAGAGGGAGGGCGGUCGGGCUUCACCCUGCCGGUGUUGCUGGCAUCAUAUGACUGUGAGAUCCUGAGGGAGGCCGGACCUACAAGGCUCAAAGUCUUGGUCCAGGAAGUGGCAAUGUGUUCAGGGAAGAGGUGGAUUAAACCGUGCCAAGGGUUUACUUUGCAAUGGAAGUGUUACACAGAGGUUUUUUAUCGUGUUUAGAAUUGUUGUUGAGCAGCAAACUACAAGUGAGAGAGAAGAUAGGUGUAAAGUGCUAGAGAGAGUGUGUGAUUGGUUUAAAUGUGGUUGCGAGUAUGUUGGACAGCAUUAGAUUUUUUUGUGAAUGCAUGAGCAAUUUCUGUGAUGUGUAGAUGCAAUGUACCGGUAUAUUGUUAUAUUGUCCUUGUGCCUGUUAUAUAUAGAUAUAAGAAGUGCUAGUAACAAAUUCUCACUCCGUUUAAACAGUGCCUCGAUUUUAUUACAGUGUUCCAUUAAGGUAUCUGGCUCACCUGUCAUACAAGCGGCCUUCAGCUUUAUCAAAACAUCAAGUAGACUAAAAUCAGGAACAUAUUCCACAAAUAUCAUGUUAUUAUUUAUUUCAUUUCAUUUUCAUUUAAAUGUACAUCACUCAAGCAUUACUAUCUCUUUCUUGCAUGCAAAAGAGUUUUGUUUUUCCCAAAAAGCCAGAUUUUUUAUAAGUAAUCAGUGUUUAUACCUAAAGUAACAACUUUUCGAAAUCUAUCUGAUGUAGUCCCAAUAUGUCACUUCACAGUCACUGAAUUCAUCCCCUGUCCCUGUAAAUAUUAAUACCUCAUAUAUGUGAACAGAAAUUUUCAAUUUGUAGAAUAAUCUUUGCGGAAAAGAAAUGGUUCUCGACUUUUCAUCUAAAUUUUUAUGUCCCUUUACUAGGAAAUAUUCUUGUCAAAAUCAUUUUUAGCAAGAUUUUUGGAGAAUAUGUUUUGUAUUCCAUGUCUAAAUUGUACAUUAUUGAUAGAUCUGACCAUCAUUAUAUUGUAGAUCACUUUUGUUUUGAAAGAUCAUACUUACUAAUUGAAUUCCUAUAAUUGAAUUCCUAAUUAGACACAGUAGUUAAAAUCUGAACCUCAAAUUGACUGUUGUUAUGAUAAAUUGCCACUGACCUCCUGAAAAAGUUGUCUACACAUGUUAAGUAGUGAUAUUUUUAAACAAAGGAGAAUUCUGGGUAAUCAUUCUUGCUUUUUUGCUUGUUAUUCUUUAUUUAGAUUAAAAAAAAAACAACUAGGGGAUGUGUACAGUUCUUAGUCAUCAUAUCUUUUCCACUUGUCAAUUACUGCCCAACAGACAUUCAUCCAUCUUUUAUUGACUUUAUAUGUCAUUAGUAGACACAUUCAAAUCGAUGAAAUCCAAAUUUUUGUGUGCAGAUUUUCUGUUUUGUUCCUGUUAUAAAGGAAAAAGAAAUGAAAUUCUGUUUGUCGAGAUUUGCUCAAUGUUUCGUACAAAAAUUAUCGUGUGCCGGUGAUUGUAUGAGCACAUUUUUUAUACUUAAAUGAUCAUCAUGGCAGUCAUCAAUUCGAUUUGUACCUUAAAAUAUGCUGAAUUGAAAAUACUUGGUGCUUUUUAUAUUUAUUUGUGUGUUUUAACAAAGUAAGUAUCAAAUAGAAAAAGAGAAAAACCUUAGCCAAAGAAAAUCCAACAUUUCUUACUUUCAGUUUAAACAAGUUUAUAAAUGUAAUGCUGAUGUUCCUUCUUACAAGGCAAUAUUUGAGCAAUUGGUUUGGUUGGGUUUUUUGUUUCACUCCUAUUUCAAUUUUUUUUAUGAAAAUGUUUUUAAGAUAGUCAAAUUUUAACAGAGAGGAAGGAAAGUUUGUUUCUAUGGAAACAGAUGAAUGUUAUGAUGCUGUAAGUUAUAUUUGUACAUCAUGAUUUGUAACGUUGCAUUGACUGUUAUACGUAAAUAGAUUUUUACAAAUGGCAAAGAAACACUAGUCAAGGAAUAAACCAAUAUAAUGCUUUUAUUAACACAGUUUAAGAGUUCUGAAUUUCUUGCUUUAUUAUCUAGUUUAAACAUAUCACUUGUUUUCCACUUUCACAGAGACUAAGUACAAUAAUUUAAAAUACAAAGAAGGCCAAGGAGGAGAUAACUCUGGUGUUUAGAACAAUCAUCUUAAGUCUUCCAUUACACUGCAUUGCAACUCAAAAGUUCUGCAUAGAUUUUUACCAAUCAUUUUAAAGAUUACAUUACUUGUUCUUGAAGCUUACAAUUAAAAUAAGUUCAGCCAAACCUCAUAUUCUGUCAAUACAUGAAUUAUUUGUAAACAAAAAGCUUUCUUUUUUCUGUAAUUCUUAAAUUAUGAAUUAAUUUUUUCUUUGAAUUGUUUCACAGGAAAAAGAUUUUCACUUGAAGUUUUAACGUAAGUGUUCACUAACACCGCAGCUUUAAGACAGCUUUACAAUAUUUUAGAUGAGCACCCUUGGUUUGUGCUUUGUUAAACUCCUCCAAAAGAUAUAGACGGAUGAAUUGCAUAAAUUAAAUGCAAGUCAAAUCAGAUCAGGUCUGUGUAUGAAAGUCCUUGAUUUUGUGAUGUUACAUAUUUUUAUAUCUCAGUUUUCUACUGUGGGCUUGUGGGAACAGAAAGCAGGUAUCCUUAAUAAACAGUACUUUUUAGCUCACCUGAGCUGAAAGCUCAAGUGAGCUAUUCUGAUCACAUUUUGUCUGUCGUCUGUCUGUCCGUCUGUCCGUCUGUCCGUCCGUCCGUCCGUCCGUCCGUAAACUUUUCACAUUUUCAACAUCUUCUCAAGAACUACUAGGCCAAUUUCAACCAAACUUGACACAAAUCAUCCUUAGGCAAAGGGGAUUCAAAGUUGUGAAAAUUAAGGGCCACACCCGUUUUCAAGGGGAGAUAAUUAGAAAUUAAUGAAAAAUUUCGAGAAAUUUUCAAAAAUCUUCUUCUCAAGAACCAGAAAGCCAGGAAAGCUGAAACUUGUGUGGAAGCAUCCUCAGGUAGUGUAGAUUCAAAGUUGUGAAAUUCAUGACCCCCGGGGGUAGGGUGGGGCCACAAUGGGGGGUCGAAGUUUUACAUAGGAAUAUAUAGAGUAAAUCUUUAAAAAUCUUCUUCUCAGAAACUAAACAGCCAGGAAAGCUGAAACUUGUGUGGAAGCAUCCUCAGGUAGUGUAGAUUCAAAGUUGUGAAAUUCAUGACCCCCGGGGGUAGGGUGGGGCCACAAUGGGGGGUCGAAGUUUUACAUAGGAAUAUAUAGAGUAAAUCUUUAAAAAUCUUCUUCUCAGAAACUAAACAGCCAGGAAAGCUGAAACUUGUGUGGAAGCAUCCUCAGGUAGUGUAGAUUCAAAGUUGUGAAAUUCAUGACCCCCGGGGGUAGGGUGGGGCCACAAUGGGGGGUCGAAGUUUUACAUAGGAAUAUAUAGAGUAAAUCUUUAAAAAUCUUCUUCUCAGAAACUAAACAGCCAGGAAAGCUGAAACUUGUGUGGAAGCAUCCUCAGGUAGUGUAGAUUCAAAGUUGUGAAAUUCAUGACCCCCGGGGGUAGGGUGGGGCCACAAUGGGGGGUCAAAGUUUUACAUAGGAAUAUAUAGAGUAAAUCUUUAAAAAUCUUCUUCUCAGAGAAUAAACAGCCAGGAAAGCUGAAACUUGUGUGGAAGCAUCCUCAGGUAGUGUAGAUUCAAAGUUGUGAAAUUCAUGACCCCCGGGGUAGGGUGGGGCCACAAUGGGGGGUCGAAGUUUUACAUAGGAAUAUAUAGAGUAAAUCUUUAAAAAUCUUCUUCUCAGAAACUAAACAGCAAGGAAAGCUGAAACUUGUGUGGAAGCAUCCUCAGGUAGUGUAGAUUCAAAGUUGUGAAAUUCAUGACCCCCGGGGUAGGGUGGGGCCACAAUGGGGGGGGUCGAAGUUUUACAUAGGAAUAUAUAGAGUAAAUCUUUAAAAAUCUUCUUCUCAGAAACUAAACAGCCAGGAAAGCUGAAACUUGUGUGGAAGCAUCCUCAGGUAGUGUAGAUUCAAAGUUGUGAAAUUCAUGACCCCCGGGGGUAGGGUGGGGCCACAAUGGGGGGUCGAAGUUUUACUUAGGAAUAUAUAGAGUAAAUCUUUAAAAAUCUUCUUCUCAGAAACUAAACAGCCAGGAAAGCUGAAACUUGUGUGGAAGCAUCCUCAGGUAGUGUAGAUUCAAAGUUGUGAAAAUCAUGAUCCCUGGGGGUAGGGUGGGGCACAAUGGGGGGGGUCGAAGUUUUACAUAGGAAUAUAUAGAGUAAAUCUUUAAAAAUCUUCUUCUCAGAAACUAAACAGCCAGGAAAGUUUAAACUUGUGUGGAAGCAUCCUCAGGUAGUGUAGAUUCAAAGUUGUGAAAAUCAUGAUCCCUGGGGGUAGUGUGAGGCCACAUUGUGGGGGGGGGGUGUUAAAGUUUUACAUAGGAAUAUAUAGAGUAAAUCUUUGAAAAUCUUCUUCUCAGAAACUAAUCAGCAAGAUGAUUCUUUAUCAUUGUUAAAACUUUGGCUCUAGGACAAUUCUUCGGCCUCACAAGAAGGUUCAGAGUUUGAUGUAGCUAAAUAUCCCAUAUAUAAACAAUUGUAAAGGAUCUUUUUGAGAACUGCAAUACUCAACAUGUGAUAAGACUAUAAAAUUGAAGCAGGCAGCUAUUUUUUCAUUAGAAUCUUUUUGUAUUACUGUAUUGAGUUAUUGCCCUUGAUUUAUUGAUUCUUGAUUAUUUUAAUUAAUGCAUCCACUGUUAACCAAUUAUUGUGAUGAUUAUUUUUAUACAAUAAUAAAUAUUCAAUGUAUAUAAGUUGUUCUGCAUAAGAAGUUUUGGGUAAGGCCGGAUUAUUUUGUUUAUUUUUGAUUUCCAAUUAUUAGAUACUAUGAAUUAUUUUAGGUUGGCACAUAUAUAGGGACAGUGUCUAUUGCAUUUCGAUGAGUGACUGUUUUGGGGUUAAACUUGAACAGGUAUGGAUAGAUUGAGUGUGUGAACGUCCUUGCUCUAUCUAAUCUACGUGUUUUCUAACCUUCGAUACAAAGUGUGCGGUUUUUCCUGCCCUGUAUUGCAUUAAUACAAGUGUGCAGUCAUAUCUGCUUGUAUUGGUGGUGGUAGCGGCGGAGCACUAAUGAAUGGUCAUCCAUGCUGGUGUUCAGGCCUUUCUAGCGCAAGUGUGAGGCACUCCCUGCUUGCGUUAGGUUGAGCUGUUGGUGCAAGUGUGCGGUCAUCCCUGCUUGCGUAAACGUUGGUACCUGUUGAGUUGCGUAGGUGUGCGGUCAUCCCUGCCUGCGUAGUCCCUAUAUAUGUGCAGGAGCGGUGAUUAAAGUCUGCUCUUGUAAAUAUUGGCAGCAAUCAGGGCUAUCCGAGUUCCAAGGGGGGAAAAUGGAUUUUAUUUAUACAGGAUCUACAUGUAUUAUUGUACAUUGUCCAGAUUGUUUGUUUUAUGACUCCAUGUAGCUGACUUUACCAUACCUAUUGUUCCUCAGGUGAGCGAUGUGGCCCAUGGGCCUCUUGUUUUUAUUGUAAACAUAAUGGAACCCUUCAAGACAAGUCAAAUAUAUAUAGCAAAUAAUGUAAUAUAACACUGAGAGGUGAUUAAGCUGAAGAUGACAUGUAAUAUACAUGUAAUGUUUAACUAUAGAUCAUAUGGUUGUGUUAAUUGUAUUGAAUAUAUGUAUACACUGUUAUUAAAAUUGACAAAGCUUCUUAA